GAAUUGGGUUAGUUGGUUUAGUGUUGGCUUGAGUCAGUGCCCACAGCCACUCUUGGACGCGAACUGGGGCUUGGGACGGAGCCAUUACAAAUCAAUUUGGCUAGCCGCGCGUUGAACCAAUAAAAACUGUUCUAAUGAGAUGCGCUGAUGUGGAAAAGACAAAGGUAGCAUCGUCAACUUGUUGACAACUAUAAUCGCGAAUCGGAGAAGUUUUAGUUUCCCUUCGACUGGGAACCGCAACGGACGCAUUCCAAGUACAACGAAGUUAACUCAAGAAACACAAACCAUCUAGCUAUGCAGUGGCUAUUGUGUACGGCCUUAGUGCUUGUCUUUGUGGCAUGCCUUUAUCCUUCGCAAGCUAUAAGGAUAUCCGCUCUAGAAAUUGAGAGGCGACCGCCGCAAAAGCAGGCCAAGAUUGGCUCCAGGAACUAUCCCAUCGAAUAUGUCCUGAUACCGAGUGCUCGAGGUGGUUACACAAGGCGUUAUGUCCACAGUCUAGCGAAAGCAAAUCCUGAACCAACCACCGAACGCCCGUUGGUUCGCGUUUGGAAUAGUUUCGUUCGCAGUGUCCAGCCCUCCUUCAGUUUCCGCAACUUGACCAAUCCACUGGCCAACUUCUUCAACGAUGGCAGUGCCAACAUCAUUGAGUCGUCGCCCGUCUAUCUGCAGACCUACGAUGAUGAUCAGGAGCUGCAGCAUGAGGAGCCCGCACCAGUGGCUUCGCAAAGUUCCAACAAACGCAAGCGAAAGCGCCGCAAGCAACAAAAGCGCCGACCCACCUACGAUGCGGAGGAGGACGAUGACGCCUACAGCCCCUACAAUCACUACUAUGCGCCACCUCCUCCGCCAUCAUCCGCAGAGCCCAUGUUCUUCUACGAUUCAAACUCCGGCAACUACUACGGAGUGCAGCGCUUCAGCCCGCAGGAUUUCCAAGCUAGGUUUUACAACAACUUUCAUGAACAGCAGCAAAGCGAGCCGGAGGAGGUGGAUAGCGAGCCUGAGGAGGACACGUCCGUGGUGAGGAGGCUCAGCAACAGGAAGGUGACUCUACUGCGCCCGCUGCCCUUGUCAACAGUCAAGAGCUCAUCCCCGGCAAAGUUAACCGAAGUCAGCAAGCCAGAAACGGCCAACCAGAACGAAGAUAUAGUCGAGGAACCCGACAGCAGCGCACCGAGCGAUACAACGACUAACGAUGAAGACGAUAGUGAUAUCGCCACCCACUCACCGCUCUCCGAGAGCAUGCGCAAUACUCUGGGCACGUACAUGCGCGACGAUCGCCACACCCGCCAGCGCCAGAGGCUCGCAAGCGAUGGAGCAGGAGCUCUUGAUUCCGAAGCCAAAGUUUCGCCCCGUCAUUCUCAACGGCGCCUCUUCCGGCUGGCCACCUGGUGAUCCGUA